AUGAAGUUUGGUAGGAAUGCAAACGGCUCAUGCUCGCUUGGCAGUCUCCCGCGCAACCAGGUACCCGAGUGGGCAGCCUCGUACAUCAACUACAAGGGCUUGAAAAAGCUCGUGAAGGCUUUGGCUGCCGCCGCCCAGAAUGGAGAGCCAGUCGAUCUAGCAGAGUUCUUCUUUGCUUUGGACCGGAAUCUGGAGGACGUCGACUCCUUCUACAACAAGAAGUAUGCCGACGCCUGCCGCCGGCUCAAGGUGCUCCAGGACAGAUAUGGCAGGACCCCAGACGUCGUCGAGAACCUCGACGAUGACGAGAUCGAGGAGCUCAUGGGUGCCCUCCUUGAGCUGCGGAGCCAGCUGCGGAACCUGCAGUGGUUUGGCGAAAUCAACCGCCGCGGCUUUGUCAAGAUCACCAAGAAGUUGGACAAGAAAGUCCCAGAUUCUUCGAGCCAGCACCGCUACGUUUCCACAAAGGUCGAUCCCCGCCCAUUUGCCAAAGAUGUGGCCAUCACGCGCCUACUGUCCGAGAUAAACAGGUGGCUUUCCGUGCUCGGAGAGGCUCAGCACCACGGCGGCGCAAAGUCGGAGCGCUCAACGCUGUCUCUUGGACGAGCGUCAGCAAAGGCCAUGCUAACCGUGUCGACGACGCUUCUCGACAGGCUGGACCAGGCCAUCCGCAAGGACGACGUGGAAGCCCUGAAGGCCGGUCUGGCCGACGGCAGCAUCACAGCCUCGGGCGUUUCCCCGCAGAGCAUGCUCCUCAAUCUCCUCCAGCGCUCAAUUUCCGCACGAUCCCGGAACUCCAUCACUUUUCUUCUCGCCAACAUCACGUCUCUCGACGAGCCGGAUGACAUCAACGAGCGGAACUGUAUCCACAGGCUGGUGAUCCACAUUGGCCGAACCAGGACAGCUUCGUCAAACAAGGUCGAGCCCGACGCUGGCUCUUUUCCCUUCCCCGGCGGCUCGGUGCAGUAUGCCCAGCACUACCUCACCCCGGCUACGUCACCUCUUCCGGCUCCCAGAACAAGCAAUCUCAAGGAGUCGAAUUUGCUCAGCAGCGGAGAUGAAGCAGUCCAGAUGCUCCUUUACCUCCUGGAAAACCUCAAGCCUGACCAGAGGAGUGCUCUAAGUACUCGAGACGUCUUUGGCCGUAUGCCGCUGCACUAUGCUGCCCAGUUUGGGUUUGUGGUUGUCUGUCAAAUACUCAUGAGCAAGAUGCAGCAGUGGGGUCAGUUCAACGUUGAAAACGGCAUCGAUGCCCCAGAGUGGCAGGACAAGGACGGCAAUGCGCCGCUGCAUCUUAGCGUUCUCGGCGGACAUGCUCUGACGACGGGGGUGCUUCUUCAGGGGGAGAACUGGAAAGGCGUGAGCGACCACAAAGCUGAGAUGAGGCGCUCCAUAUCAAAGUCUAGCGCAGUCCUGGCAAUUGCCACGAAGUCGAACUUUAUGCGCAUUGUCAAAAUGCUGGUCGAGGCCGGAGUCGAUAUCAACUGGCAAGACGAAACGGGCGAGACGGCGCUGCAUAUUGCGGCCAGGUUCGGCCACGACGCAUGUGCGCAGGUGCUCUUGAGGGGAACAGCGCAGCAAAAGGCAAACCUGGAGCUUGCCGAGAAGUCGUUUGCUUGGACGCCACUCCACAUCGCAGCCGUCGACGGCCAUCUCUCGGUUGCCCGGCUGCUGGUCGAUGCCGGAGCCGAUGUCGAUAAGCCAGACUCUUCGGGGUGGACGGCAAAGGAGCACGCAGCCCUGCGAGGCCACCUCCCCAUCGCCCGCCUCCUAGCCUUGCAUAGUCAACCGGCAGUAGAGACGACGGCCAGCAGCUCCGAUGACGAGAAGUUGCCAGCUGACGUCUCGCCGCCAGAAGUCGCCUCAUUAGAAGAUAGGCGCUCGAAUGGCUCUUCGCGGCCGGCAGACCCAGUCAAGACGUUCGGCCACCGCUAUCUCAAGAACGAAAGCCUGGUGCUGGUCAGUCUCGGCUCGAUGGAUAUACGGAAGAACAUCGAGGCGGUCAAGCUGGAUAAAGUCCCGCUCGCCGAAGCCCACACAACGGAGCUGGACACGGCCCUCUCGGUCGUGGUAUCCGCGCAUGGCGCGCACGGUGAGCCGUCCGUCGUUGACCUCCCGGUCCACGAGAACAUAUCGACAGAGCCUAUUGUGUUCACCACGACGGAUGCCGCCAAGGUCAAGCUGCUCUUCGACAUUGUGCCGACCUACUCGGGCAACGAGAAGAACAAGAUCGGGCGCGGCGUGGCCCUACUCUCGAGUGUUCGGCCCACCAUUGGAACCAAGCGGAUGAAUCUCCAGGGAGACGUCUGUGUUCCCAUCAUGGGGGCGAAUCUCGAGGUCAUUGGGACGGUCAAUUUCAACUUCUUGGUCAUCACCCCCUUUUCGCACCCGAAGAUGGAAGUGACGUCGAGGCAGACGUACUGGCGGAAACUGACGUCCCCCAUGGUCAUCGGCCAUCGCGGCCUGGGAAAGAAUCUGGCCUCCAACAAAUCGCUCCAGUUGGGCGAGAACACGGUGCCGUCCUUCAUCGCGGCUGCGAACCUGGGGGCGCAGUACGUCGAGUUCGACGUGCAGCUCACCAAGGACCAUGUCCCCGUCAUCUACCACGACUUUUUGGUCAGCGAGACUGGGUUCGACGCGCCGGUGCACACCCUGACGCUGGAGCAGUUCCUGCACAUCAACUCGGACCCGUCGCGGCCGGUGCCCGGGGGUGGAAAGGCGCAGCACAAGCAGCUGAAGCAGACGCGCAGCAACAGCCCGGGGCUGCGACAGCGGUCCAUGUCGAUGGACUACCCGGCCAAGGAGACGGGGCUGGAGGAGCGCAUGAAGCACACGCGCGACUUCAAGGCCAAGGGGUUCAAGGCCAACUCGCGGGGCAACUUCAUCCAGGCGCCGUUCGCGACGCUCGAGGACCUGUUCCGCAAGCUGCCCGAGUCGAUCGGGUUCAACAUUGAGAUGAAGUACCCGAUGCUGCACGAGAGCGAGGAGCACGAGAUGGACACGUACGCCGUCGAGCUCAACUCGUUCUGCGACACGGUGCUGACAAAGGUCUACGACAUGGCCGCCGACCGCCACAUCAUCUUCAGCUCCUUCAACCCCGACAUCUGCCUGUGCCUGAGCUUCAAGCAGCCCAGCAUCCCCAUCCUGUUCCUGACCGACGCCGGCACCUGCACCGUCGGCGACAUCAGGGCCAGCAGCCUGCAGGAGGCCAUCCGCUUCGCGAGCAGGUGGAACCUCUUGGGGAUCGUGAGCAACGCCGAGCCGCUCAUCAACAGCCCGCGCCUGGUCAAGGUGGUCAAGCAGAGCGGGUUGGUCUGUGUUAGCUACGGCACGCAGAAUAACGACCCCAAGCUAGUCCAGCGACAAGUCAAGGAGGGCAUCGACGCCGUCAUUGUCGACAGCGUGCUGGCCAUCCGCAAGGGUCUGACCAAGGAAGAGGCCGUACUCCCCGCCAGUAGUCUCCAGGACAAGGUGGCCGAAGUGGCGGUCAAGAACGGCAACGGUAACAGCAGCCCGGCGAACAACAAUCUGGCCAACGGCAAGGGGGGGAACGGCACAGCCUGAGGGGGUCUUUUUGUUUUAAAUUUAUUUUCUCUCAGUAUUGAUUUGCGACACGUCGCACAUUGAGUGAGUGCAGCCGUUUUGCUGAGACACAUGGAAGAGAUGAUGAUGGAGCGCCGGGGCACGACACUUUUGGAGAGUUACAAAGACGUCUUUUUUUUUCUUCCUUUCCACCGAUAUCCAUUUGUUUUGGGACUGGGGGGGUUUUUUUUUCAACAGCAUCCACCACCCACCCCAUAACAAGCAAUCUAGACAGACAGACACGGAUUUUUUUCUUGGGGGUCUUUAUUCUUUUGUUGAUAGACGGCGCAUGAGUAAAAGAAAGGGAGGGCACUGUCGGAUUUUCUCUCUGUAUCUUCUUCUCUUCUCUUGCCAGGGGAGGGGAGAGGGGUUUUGUUUUUUGGACUUCGAUGUUUGUUUGGCUGCGGCGAUAUCGCGUCAAGCGUUGCCUUUUGUCU